AACUACCAAAAUUACAGGGUUUUCCUCAUCGCGACGAAGACAGCCGCCUUUGAUAUGGAACAGAAGCGGUGCAUAUUGGGAAGUGUGCAGGCAGAUCUCGUGUGUUCGCUGCUGUUGGCAGAGCGACAGUCCAAGAAUUCUCAGAAGUACAGCAUCGCAUAAGGAUUCCGUUGCGGAGGAUUGGCAAGUAACGCCGUCUGCAAGCUGCCGAGCCGAUCUCAUCGACCGCACACCAGUCGAGUAUCCGUCCCGCGAGAAUUACACUGCGUUUACGAACCACUGGCAGCAGAAGGAAGCGGUUUUUCAGUAGCUACUAGCUGUGGUACUGCGAAGGAGCGCAGCCGUUCUGUUUGUCAGUGUAGCCGGCGCGCUAGCUCGUACCCAGAGAGGGAGCAAGAGGAUCUUUUUACCUGUGACAUCGCCGCCACUCGGGUGGUCCAGAAACAACGAACGAGGAGAGAGAGAAACGAGUGAAGACAAGUCAUGCCGAUAUCGGACGUGGAGAAGAUAGUGCGGCACGAGCCGCUCGAGACCUGCUACGAAAUCGGCAAAGAACUGGGAAGGGGGAAGUUUGCCAUUGUGAAGCGAUGCACUGAAAAGAAGACGGGUGCACAGUAUGCUGCCAAGAUCUUGAAGAAGCGACGUCGGGGAAAGUCUGUCCGCGAGGACAUCCUCGUGGAAAUUGACAUAAUGAGGCAGGGAAUGGACCAUCACCAGAUCAUCAAACUCUACGAGGUUUUCGAGAGUCAGAACGAGUUUUAUAUCAUCAUCGAACUGGCAUUGGGUGGAGAACUAUUUCGUGUCAUAGCAGUCGACCCGCUCCCCGAGCUAAAGGCCAGAGACGUGGUCUUCCAGAUUCUGGAGGGAGUCCGUCACCUGCACUCUCUCAACAUUGUGCACAUGGACCUCAAGCCUGAAAACCUGCUCCUCUACCGGAAAGCGUCCCUGGAGAUAAAGAUAGUCGACUUUGGUCUUGCCGUCCAGCUACAGGAAGGUCAGGAGGUGAAGAGUCUGGUCGGCACCGCCGAAUAUGUCUCUCCCGAGAUUCUGAGUUUCGAGGCACUGAGCACCUUCAGCGACAUGUGGAGCAUUGGAGCGUUGACCUACGCACUUCUUGCAGGCUACUCGCCGUUCCAGGGCGAGACCCAUCAGGAAACGUUCCUCAACGUCUCCACCUGCGACUACGACUUUGAAGACGAAGUUUUCGACGUCGUUUCGAGAGACGCCAAAGAUUUCAUCGAAAAGCUGCUCGUCAGACGACCUAACAAGCGUCUAACAGCCGAGCAUUGUCUCCAGCAUCCCUGGAUCAAGGCCCACGUGGCAUCGACGGCCAACAACACCAGCAGUCUAGACGGCUCCAUGAGCUCCCUCGACUCCGCCCUAUGUAUGGACUCCGCCUCCUCCAUGGAGCCGUCUCCCGUUAGCUCCGCCUCUUCCUCGUUCAGCCCCGCCCCCUCGGCAACGAGUCGCAGCGGGGGAAGUGGUAGCAUCACCUCGACGACCACAACCACCACGGCCACCACAACUUCAGCUGCGGUGUCCGGGAAAGUUAGCAGCAGCAACGAGUUCUCGCGACCGGAAGACAUGAGAAAAGUGAACGAGAAACUGGGGCAGAUGUCGAAACUGGCCACGGAGCAGAUAAUUGCCGAGACAACAGAGAAGCCACGCCCAGAGGGAAGCCCCACGAGCACGGCGAGCAGCACGAGCACGCUUCGGGGGGAGGACGUGGGCGAACCGGGCGUCUUGUCGGCCACACAGGAAUCAGUGGUGCCCUCGUCAACUCCAGAAGUCACCACCACGGACGGCAGCAGCUCUAAAACAUGUCUGUCGUCAACAACAGCCCCAAAACUCAACCCGAGUGCUUCCAGCGAGAACAAAGAAAGAAGGACGGUCUCUUUUGAGCGUACGCAGAGAGAGAAAGAGAAAAUGCCAGAGGUUCCGUCCUUCAAGAGCAGAACCAUUAGCCGGGAGCAAGCUGCGUCAGAGAAACGAACUACGUCGUUUGAGCGAAAUCCAUCAGAGAAGCGAACUACUACCUCAUUCGAGCGAAAUGCAUCAGAGAAGCGAACUACGUCGUUUGAGCGAAAUGCAUCAGAGAAGCGAACUACCUCGUUCGAGCGAAAUGCAUCAGAGAAGCGAACUACGUCGUUUGAGCGAAAUGCAUCAGAGAAGCGAACUACGUCGUUUGAGCGAAAUGCACCAGAGAAGCGAACUACCUCGUUCGAGCGAACCGUGGGUGAGAGGGAGACCACACCGCGAUCGGUCGCUCCGUCGUUCAAGAGCGCAACUCUCGGUCGAGAGAAAAGCGGCAGUGAUGAGCGACGCACCGCGUCCUUCGAGCGGAGAGAGAAAUCAUCCCUCCUUGAGGCACCGGCGUCUUCGAUGGCAGCCAAAUCAAAGAGCGCUACUCUCGGUCGCGAUCGCAGCCCCUCGCGUAGAGACGGCGAGGGUGAGCAGCAAAGGACAAUCUCGUUCGAGCGCAGAGAGCGUUCCCGCUCGCCCUUUCCCGACCAAGACGUGACUUCCCUCGACCCAAAAACAAUUGAGAGCAUCGAGCGGUUCAACCGCCUCAAGGAACGAUCCAAGGCACGGGAGUCUGAAUCCUACAUCCAGCCUCUUACAUCGCGUGACAUGUCAAAAUCACCCGAACCGCGACGUCGAAGCGACGGAGAAAAUCUCACAGCUUCCCAGCGUCGCCUCAGUUCCAAGCCGCUCGAGGCCAGGCUACCGACCUCAAUCAACGAAUCUCCGAGGUCUAGUUCCUCUCCCGAGAAUGUGAACACGCAGAAGUCGUCUUCUCCCGACCAAGCGACUGCUGCUACUCUCGCUGCUAACAGCACGUCCAGAAACAGCCCGCGGUUGAGCCCCGAUUCGAGGAGAAAAGAUGAAAAAGUCGAGCGCGAAGAUCGCUCUUCCUCUCCCGCCCAACUCCCGACACAAAAGACGGAGGUCGAGACACAGCAGUGUGAGAUAGCUGAUUCCACGCCUUCCGCAAAAGAAAACGAAGUAGAGAAGGAGAGGUUAGAGGAGCCAGUAGAGAAGGGAAAAGUAGAGGAGGCUCAGCAGAGCGAAGAAAAGGAAGAAGAAAAGUUUGAGAGGGCCAGAAAGGAGAGGGAGAAGGCGAGGGAGGAGAGACGGAAGGCCCGAAAAGAGGAGGACAGGAGGAAGGAAGAGGAGCAGAAGAGGAAGCGAGAGGAAGCGGAGAAGAAGAUGGAGGAGGAGAGGAAACGCAUGGAGCAGGAUAGAGAGAAGGCGAGAGAAGUCCGCCGAAGAGAGAGAGAGCGGAAAAUCACACAGAGGAACAAUAGCUCGGGAAGCAGCGAAUCUCUCACCAAGUCGUUGGACAGAAGUCGGUGGGCGUGGUCAGUGGAGGCCAGAACACCCGAUUCGACUGCCCAAUUCAACGGCGUUAAACCACACCCUCAAGGGUCAGAGUCCAGUGGCAACGAGACUAAGGAACAGACGCCCGAAACGGAGAAGAAAGACGAAGUAGCUGCAGUCAGGAAGACGCCGCCACAGACAAGCACCAGCCCCCAGCCUCCUAGGAAAGAAGAGAGAAAGACUUCCUCCAGUGAGUUCUUUCAAUUCGGGAUCGACUAUUCGAGAAAACAACGUCGUGACAGUUCUGAUAACUCUAACUCGACCGAAGCUUCCAAAACUCCUUCGCCUCCUCUGCGAGCGAAAUCUCCCGCAAAGGUCGAAGUAAUGUUGACGACUAAAACCCCGGGGGUCCAAAACCCCCCUCGAUCAGAGUCCCCCGUCGUCAUCGUCUCGCCGCCCCCCACUCCCGAAGUCACAAAGGAAAACCAUGAGGUGGCCCCUGUUCAUCAGCGUCGCGAACGCUCACCAAUUGCCGAGCAACAGAGGCGGUUCAACGCCAACAAGCGCAUGACUCCGGUCAUAUCCACUGAUGCACUGGACGCAAUUCUUCGCGGGGAAGUCGAAGAUGAUCCAAGCGCCCUCCGUUACGCCACAGAGCCCAACCCCUAUCACUACAGCCACUUAGAAUCAUGCCCCGAGGAAAACGAGCCCGUUUUAACCAGCUCGCCCAGAGCGAAAUCUCCAAGCCCACUCCUCAAAGAAAUGAAAAGCGAUGGAUCAUCCUCGAGCGGGCAGCCAUUUCUCGCCCAUCGCAGAGAAGGUGUCCUUCCGUCGGCUCUCCCGUCGGCUCUGAAAGAUCCGAACCGGUCCAUUAGCCCCGAGAAACGAAGGGUCACCCUCCUCACCAGCAAAACGCAGAGCGUCGACUUUGAUUGCAUGCUCAGCCCCGAGGGUAGCGAUUACUCAACCAGUCUCACGUCCAGCCCAAGCCCCGAUACCUUGUCCAAGAGUUUCGACUCCAGCCGCACGCAGGGCGUCAUCCCGAAACCGGAAGCGAUUUCUCGUCUCUCGGUCUCGGGGAACUAUUCGUCCCUCUCUCGCUCGACCCCCGACCUCAGCGAUAUUCUCGGAGGGGGCGGACGGAAGGGGAAAGACGGGAGGAAAGUCGAGCGAUCCAGCAGUCGAAGAUUGGGGCUGGGGAGAUCCAGGAUGGACUCGUACGUGACAUCCACGGAGCAUUCCUCGAGCUACUACCAUUCCCCAGCAAGCCCCCACGUCAUGAAGAGCGGACGGCAUGCAACAGUCACGUCCAGACUGCUCAGCGGCGGCAAGGGCUUUCUGUCAAAGUGGAACGAGUCGAAAAACGCCAGACACAACCACAAAGUCUCAUCUUAGCAGUUUUAGUCUGUACCGUCGUUCGUGUAUGUUAGCAAAGCCGUUCAUCACAGUAUUAUUCUUUCAUUGUCACUGACUUGACAGAAAAAGACACUAACUAUUACACAUAACUGCGUGUUCAUGUUUAUUUAUCAUCAGUUGUUUUGUUUUUUUGUCGCUGCUUUUUUUUGUUGCUGUAUUUGUGUAUUACUCAGAUUUGCUGGUUAUCAGCUUCUUAUCAACAAUUGAGUCGUAAUAAGU